GCGGUUCGCCAAUGCGUUUGCGCGAUAUCGACCCGCAUUUCGCGGUCUCGCCCUCACAAGCUAUGCCGUGCCAGUUCCACGGGGGAUGUUCCUCGGAGGACCCGCCGCGCCUAUAAUAUGGAACAUCGUUCUACCGUUCUCGAUCGACGACGAGAUCGGGGAACUCUUGAGGUGCGUUUAGACGGGCGCAACCUUUCCGCUAUCGAUUUCAGCUUUAUUUGCGUGCGUGAACGUAUCGCUUUCUAGGAUCGCUCCACAUUGCUAAAAAUAUGACAGCGAGUGAACGUCAAGCCAUAUCGGCGAGCAGUAUAAAAACGGGAAGACGAUGCGCAGCCUCGCUCGCAGGCUACUAGUAUGGUCUGCGUUGGUGCUGUCCCUCCUGGUGGUCGGUCGUCUGCUAUUCGGCUACGAUUUCCGGCAAUCGUCGGGGCUUGUUCUUCGCGACGAAGGUAUCUCGAUACCGGAUAGCCACGCGAAUCCGCAGCAGGAUGCACAGCCAGGGCCACCCGUUUACUCGGCGGGCAUGUACAUGGCGGGUCGACGACCCCAUAACACGAGUGUCUGCAGGUGGUACUACGGCCUGCCGGAGGUCCUCUCCUAUCCACCGUCCAGGCUCACUUGGAGUCCCGAGAUCGGCGAGAAGAGUCCCUACAGGAUCCUGCCGUUCGUGUUGCGCGGCGCCGAGACGACGGACAGGUUGCCCCAGGUCACGCUGUCCACGCACGCCACCGCCGAUCAGGUUUACGGGAUCGUGGAGUUAGCCAGACGGUGGGAGGGACCGCUCAGCCUGUCGGUGUUCGUGCCGGGCCUCGACGCCGGCCUCGCUGUCGCUCAACUCGAUCGGGCCUGUCGGUGCGAGCCUGCCAUGUACAAGGUUUCCGUCCAUCUGGUAUUUCCGGCUGGUCGACCACCCGCGGUGGGCGUGAUCAGCCGUACUCAGGGUGAUUGUGCCGCUUCCGAUCUUCAAUGGCGGCAGGCCGAGACCGAAAGGCGAAAAAGAAGUAUGACCUACCCUAUUAAUGUGGCUCGAAAUGUAGCGAGAACGGCGGCGAACACGUCCCGCGUGUUGGUGUCGGACAUCGAAUUGCUGCCGAGCGCACGACUGGCUUCCGGCUUCGUGGAGAUGGUGCGCCACAGACCGCCCAGGAUCGGUAUGAUCUUCGUGGUGCCUGUUUUUGAGAUUGAGUCCAAUGAACAACCACCGGCGACAAAGCUGGAGCUCCUCGCCGCCUGCCGUGCUGGUCUGGCAGUGUAUUUUCAUAGGUUCCUCUGUCCACACUGCCAGCGAUUUCCCGGGCUGACGAGAUGGAUGAUCAGGCCGGAUCCGGGUAAGGUUCGGCCGCUAAUUAUUACCAGAAGGGAAUAUCCGCAUCAUAGGUGGGAGCCGGUUUUCAUCGGUACUCGCGAGGAUCCGCUUUACACGGAGGAGAUGUCUUGGGAAGGAAAGCAAGACAAAAUGGCCCAGAUGUUCGAGAUGUGUCUUCUGAAUUAUCGGUUAGUCGUGCUCGAUGGUGCCUUUUUAGUGCAUACGCCGGGGAUCAAGCGGAAAACGCGCAAAAUCAGCGUGGCUACACAGGAGUUCUUUCGGCCGCAUGAGAGAAGAAACGCGAGGAUCUAUCAACGCGUGAUAAAGCGUUUAAUCAAGCAAUAUCCGAUCAAUCGUAGGUGCGCGCAGUGA